AUGGAGAAAGCUCCGGCAGCGCUGGAGGGCUUUGAGGAUGGCGGAGACCUGCGAGAUGGCGGUGACCCGCGAGAUGGCGGUUGGGGUGGAGACCCGCAAGACGGCGAUGCAGCUGCAGGGGCGGCGCCGACGGAGACCUACAAGACGGCGGUAGCUAAAAGUGGCGAGGCCAUCCUCACCACUACCACUCCAGAGAAGCACUCUUUGGUGGAUGACGAUUUUAACGUCCUUACGAUCUUCGAGACCUUCUCUUCAAAUAAUCGGUGCAAGAGGGCACUCCGCAACAUCGCCGAGGUCCACCAAGUAACCGCAGUGAGCCCAUGGAACGACGCGGCAAUAACCUUCACCGCCGCCGACGAACCAAAGGCCCGACCAGUCCAAGCACCUGCCGCAUUAGUUCUAAACCCAAUUGUGGACGUAUUUCGACUUACCAAAGUGCUCAUGGACGGCGGCAGUGGGCUUAACCUCAUCUACGAAGACACGCUCGACAAAAUGCAGGGUGUCCCGCACAGCAUCAUCACUGAUAAUGGCUCCAAUUUUACAGCUGAUGAAGUGAAAAACUGGUGUGCUAACUUGGGCAUUAAACUCGACUAUGCAUCCAUCUACCACCCUCAAACAAAUGGUCAGGUUGAACGAGCCAAUGGCCUGAUAAUGAGCGGCAUUAAACCCAGACUGGUGCGCUCCCUACGAGAGUCAGAUAAGCACUGGGUCGAGGAACUCGAUUCCGUGCUCGUGGGGCUGCGGACUACACCUAAUUGA